CACGAGCACAGCAUCAGUAUUCAUUUACCGAGUGAAUAUCUUGUAGUCCCAACGCAAUGGCAGCUAAGUUCAUCGUAGUACUCGCCGCUCUAGUGGCAGUCGCCCACAGUUCAGUGGUUGGAAUAGACAGUGACUACACCAGCUUCGCGUACGAUGUGGCUGACCCCAACACAGGCGACUACAAGAGCCAAGUGGAGACCCGCGUCGGCGGCAACGUGCAGGGACAAUACUCGCUGCUCGACGCCGACGGCACCAGGCGCACUGUUGACUACGCCGCCGACGACGUCAACGGAUUCAACGCUGUCGUGCGCAAGGAUCCCGCUGUUGUCGCUGCACCCGUAGUCGCCGCUGCGCCCGCUGUGGUUGCCGCCCGCACUGUUGCCGCUCCAGUGUACUCCGCAGCCGCGCCCGCUGUAGUUGCCGCGCGUACUGUAGUCGCACCUUCAGUUUAUGCUAGUCCAUCAGUGGUCGCCGCCCGUACCGUCGCAGCUCCCUCUGUAUAUGCCGCCUCUGCUCCUGCCGUGGUCGCCGCCCGUACCAUCGCAGCUCCCUCAGUAUAUGCCGCCUCUGCGCCUGCCGUAGUCGCCGCCCGUUACGCGGCUCCCUCUGUAUACGCCGCCUCUGCUCCCGCCGUGGUCGCCGCCCGUACCGUAGCGAGUCCCGCUGUAUACGCGGCCUCCUCCCCUGCCGUAGUUGCCGCUCGUACUGUAGCAGCUCCCGGUAUCUAUGCUGCUUCUGCGCCCGCAGUAGUCGCGGGUCCUUCAGUCUACAGUACAAUAUCCACUGGUCCCGCUGUAAUUAGCCGCACUGUGUCCUCUCCUUACAUCACAUCCUACUCUGCUCCUUUGUCCUCCUGGUAAAUGAUAUAUCAAAGAUUAUAACUUAAUACUCCUUAGUUAUAGACAACGACUUGCUCUGAACUACAGCGAAUGAUUGUAAAUAUUGUUAAAUAUUUGUACAUAUACAAAAAAGAUGUAUAAAUAAAAAAAAAUAUAUAAAUACUA